GAGUUAUCUUAGACGAAAUGACGGUGGAAGAGAGACCGGCUGAGAAGGAACUUCUUUUUACCACCUUCAGUGUGGAUACUAGAGACUAUAAUAAAGGCCUUUCCGAGGAGGCAAAGUCAAAAAUCACAUGGAGCGCUAAAGCAGAAAAGAGGGCAAGGAUUAAGUUUGAUAUUGUUGUGAUGUCUGUGCUUUUCAUCGCGUUCUUCGCUCUUCAGCUGGAUAGAUCCAACGUUUCUAACGCUUUGACUGGAACCAUUGAGGAGGAUCUUAAUAUGAACUCAGACCAGAUUGUCGAGGGUAACCAGCUUCAAGUGGCAGCAAUUUGCGUUGCUGAAAUUCCAUCCAACGUGCUUCUGCAGAUGGUUGGUCCAUCUAAAUGGAUCUCUUUGCAAUGUGUGCUUUGGUCGCUCGUUGCAAUUUUCCAAAGUUUCAUCACUGAUAAACCAAGCUACUUUGCCACCAGAUGGCUUCUGGGGAUGUUCGAGGCUGGUUUUCUUCCUGGUGCUAUGUAUUACAUGAGCACCUUCUACCUUAAACACGAGAUGGCUACGCGUGUUGCAAUUUUUUACUUUGGAAACAAUCUUGCUGGUGCUUUCGGUAACUUGAUCGCUGCUGGUAUUCUUGAAAUGGAUCAGAGUUGGGCUAGUUGGAGAUAUCUGUUCAUGAUUGAGGGGUGUAUCACAAUGUUUGGAGCACUAGUGCUCAUCAUUUUCCUACCUACAAACGUCAACGACGUCCGCCCUAUUCAUAGACUGUUCAACUUCUUCUCCAAGGAAGAGGCCGAAAUCUUGAAGCAAAGAAAAGUGGUCGAGGAAACAGACAACAAGGAAACGAUAUUCAUGAGCAAAAAGGAGCUAAUUGAAGCACUUAUUGACUACAGACUUUGGUCGCAUCUUAUUCUUAACUUCUUCCAGCUUAUCGCAAAAGGUGGAUUUGGUGUGUUCACCCCUAAACUGAUGAAGACGUUUGGUUUCUCGACAGUGAAGGCCAACAUGCUUACUGCUGUGGGUUACUUUGGCGCCUGUGUUCUCUCUUUGCUUCUGUCCUUCAUUUCAGACCGCACAUCAAUGCGUGGUAUAUUCUGCAUUGGUGCGAACGCAUACACCCUUAUAUUCACUGGUGUCCUAUAUGGGUUAAAGAAAUCAGGCAAUACCGAUAAAUGGCUUCUUUUUGCCAUGAUUACAUUGGUUAACUCUGGAAAUUCGUUAUCGCAAGGGUUCAAUAACGCGUGGUUGUCUGUGAAUGCGAGAUCUUCAACAAAAAGAAGUGUCGGGCUCGCUCUCUGUGUCACAGGUAGUAACUUGGGUGGUAUCUUGGGUCAAGCCAUGUUCAAAUCCAAGGAUGCACCAAACUACAUUCCUGGGUUCAGAACGAUCACGGGAUUGGCUGGCGGAGCAGUAAUCUGGUCCAUACUCGUGACUGCGGACUACUGGUAUGCCAAUGUCAGGCUUGACAGAAAGAGAGCGCAGGAAUCGCAGAUGGUUGUGGGGAAUGCAGAGGCUACUGAAGAGGAAGUAGGAGUGGAAAAAGCUGACGAAACGUGGCACUACCAAUUAUAAAUAAUUGAAUGCU